GACAAUAGCACCUGCAAACCAUGACUCUUACUGACAUGCCACGGUGACUAGGUUCCCGUUAAUGUAUAUGGAAUCCAGGGGAUCACUCCACACCUAAAGCUAUGAAGGAAUAGGAGUCACGCCUCUCUCCAAAGCAUGUGUGGCAGUCACAGCCUGAUCUACAAAUACAGAGAUCAGUACCAAGUUUCUGCAAGCAACUUCUUAUGUGUUUCCAGCCCAAAUGACUUUGCCUACCAUAGUGGAAUAUUCAACUCAUCAAACCCAAGUUGCCAGCACUAGCAUGCCUCAACCUUCCAAAGACAUGGACUACAGUCAUAGCCUUGAGCAAAUGAAUGGGGGUAUCUUCAAACCAGUAGAACCCCCAACACGGUCAACUGGCAGACUAAUUAUGCACAGCAUGGCUAUGUUUGGAAGAGAGUUUUGUUAUGCAGUGGAGGCCGCAUUUGUGACUCCUGUUUUACUAAGUGUGGGCUUGCCCAAGAGUUUAUACAGCCUUGUUUGGUUUAUCAGUCCCAUCUUGGGUUUCGUUCUCCAGCCAGUGGUAGGAUCUGCCAGUGACUACUGUCGAUCCCGCUGGGGGAGGCGUAGACCAUACAUUCUGUUUUUUGGAAUCUUGAUGGUACUAGGCAUGACGCUCUACCUUAAUGGAGACACAGCUGUGACCGCUAUCUUUAAGACUGCACCAGAGAAGAAGACUUGGGCAAUAGUUAUUACUAUGCUUGGAGUAGUGACAUUCGAUUUUGCUGCAGAUUUCAUUGAUGGGCCAAUCAAAGCUUAUUUAUUUGAUGUGUGUUCUCACGAAGACAAGGAAAGGGGUCUUCACUAUCAUGCUCUUUUCACUGGUCUUGGAGGCGCAUUGGGUUAUCUCACCGGAGCUAUUGACUGGGAAUCUACUUUCUUGGGGACACUCAUGGGUUCCGAAUUCCAGGUCAUAUAUUUCUUUGCAACUUUGGUAUUCCUUGUGCUCCUUGUUAUACACAUGUGCAGCAUUCCUGAAGUACCUCUUGAAGAUGACAAAGGAGAAACACAGUCCUUACUAAAACAUGACCAUUUAAAAGCCUAUGGGUUAGUAGAUAAAUCCCAAAAUGGAAUUUUGAAAACCUUAGAAGAGCAAGAUACAGCAGAGGAUACAGAUAUUCAGGUGCAGAAACGAAUGACCCUUAAAUCGCUGGUGAAUGCUCUCUUUACCAUGCCUGCUCAUUACCGCUACCUGUGUGUGAGCCACCUCAUUGGAUGGACCGCAUUCCUAUCUAACAUGCUGUUCUUUACAGACUUCAUGGGACAGAUUGUUUACCAUGGAAAUCCAUACGCACCGCACAAUUCUUCAGCAUAUCUGAUCUAUGAGAGAGGAGUGGAAAUUGGCUGCUGGGGCAUGUGCAUAAAUGCAAUCUCCUCUUCUCUUUAUUCCUAUGUUCAGAAAGCCCUUCUACCGUACAUUGGACUGAAGGGUCUGUAUUUUGUUGGAUACCUCCUGUUCGGGCUUGGAACUGGAUUUAUUGGAUUAUUUCCCCAUGUUUAUUCCACCCUGGUUUUGUGUUCACUUUUCGGGGUGAUGUCAAGUACCUUAUAUACCGUACCCUUUAAUUUGAUAGCUGAAUACCACAGAGAAGAGGAAUAUGAAGCGCAGCUACUUGGGAAGAAGGACAAAGAAAGCCGAGGAAAAGGAAUAGACUGCGCCGCUCUUACCAGCAUGGUACAACUGGCUCAAAUUAUCGUGGGUGUCGGCCUUGGAGUACUUGUCAGUCUUGCCGGGAGCGUUGUCGUGGUUGUAAUUUCUGCAUCAACUGUUUCAUUACUUGGAUGUUGUUUUGUAGCAAUUUUUGUCCGAUAUGUACAGUAAAAAAAUGUUAAUUUCAGACUAUUCUGUUUUAUUUGUGUGUGUGUGUAUAUAAAUUAGAAACAGGUGUAUGCAUUUGUGCCCCUAGUCUUCAAAGUCCAAGUCUAGUUAUUCCAGUAAAUUCAUAAAGCUUGACUGCGUCCAGAAUACUGGAUUCCAGAUCUAAACUGCUUCUUUCCACAAAGGGAAUAAAAAGGUGCGAUCAAAGCCAGUCUGGCGUUCACUGUCAAUAAUCCAGGUUAGCUAACCACUAAUUCACUCCCUACAUGGCAGCAAUGCUUAGUUCUACAUAUAAGAUCUGCUAGAUCAGAAAAAUUAUGGGCUAACAUCUGCGUGUAUGUAUUGGCAUGUGCGUGUAUGUAUGUGUGUACAUAUAUUUCCCUUUAAAAAUGGUUUCUGUCAAAUAUUACAUUGCAAACAUACCUAUAUAUUUGUUCAUGCUUAGAAUGUGAAUUGAAACUAUAAAAACACUGAG